AUGUGGCUGGCGCCCUUCGUGAAGCCCGAGAGGGCGGCCUCCGGCAGGGGCUCCGAGGCCGCCGUGACGGGGAACAUCAUCAAGAUAGACUUGGAGACUAGGAUCCCGGGAGGUCGCGGGCUUCCACAUCUGGAACUACAACAAGAGUCCCGAGGAUCGGAGGAGGACGCGGUUCGUGGCGUCAAGGAGUUUUCUGUUUAUUGCGACGACAGGUACGUCGCCGCUUUCCUGUGUCGAAAGGCUCCAGGCCACGUCAAUUUCGACUUCAAGCAGGUGGUGCUUCUGGACCAGCCGCCGUGCGAUGCCGUGCGCCGCCCGGGCGCGCUGCCGCCUGCCCCGCGGGUGCCCUCCCGGGGACGCGGCGGGCGGCCGCCCACGGGGACCCCCGACCGCAUCUGGCGCUGGCGCGCGCGAGCGCUCCUCCUCCAGGACCUGGGGACCGCGCCCGCGCGCCCUCGCAAGAGCGGCCGCGCUCCCGCGGGGCGCCGGCGACCGCCAGCGCUGGCGCCGGCGCGGCGGCCGGCAGGGCGCAGCAGCAGGACCUACGAGACCCCGCUGCACCCGUGCGGCUUCGUCUUCAAGCUGCUGCUGCUCGACACGUGGUCGGACGUGCAUUACGUCGGCCUCGACGGCGUGGAGCUUUACGAUCUCGAGGGCCGGCCGCUGCGGCCUAAGCGCGUGCACUCGAGCCGCGGGAGCGUCAGGGACCUGCCGGGCAUGGAGAACGACUCGCGCACGGAGGAGUCGCUGCUGCACGGCGCGCCGGGCACUUCGGGCCGCAUGUGGCUGGCGCCGUUCGCGCGGCACCCACCCAACUCGGUGGAGCUCGUCUUUGAUGAGCCGACGCAGAUCUCGGCAGUGCACAUCUGGAACUACACCAGGACGACCCCCUCUCGAGGGGUGCGCGAUGUGGAGAUCUACGUCGACGACCUGCUCAUCUAUCAGGGCAUCCUGCGCCAGCGCACCCCUGGCGGCGACGCCGCUGGGCGUGCGGCGGCCGGGCGCUGCGGCGAGGCCGUGCUCUUCACCGCGCUCCCAGAGAUCGUGGAGCGCGAGAAGCCCUUCGUCUACCUGCCCAGCGCCGACGAGCUAGUGGCGUUCUUCGACGAGCGCGGCCGCCUGGACCAGGGCGGCGGCUGCCCGGGGGACGCCCUGCUGGUGCGGCCCAUGACCGCCGUGACGCGCGCGCCCUGA